AUGCACGCCCAAAUAGCCCAGCUCCUUGCUGAGCACACAGCAAAUUCCAUACCCCAGACCCCUCGUGCACCUUCUAUUGCCUCUGUUGCGCCCUCCCUCACUUUUUCUGAGUCGGCCGACGAGCAAGAUGUGGAGGACCCCGCUGCCGAGCCUCGACGCCGCCGCGCGUCCACACGACUGGUCGCUCGAAAUGCAGAGGACGUGCAGCGGAUCACUGGAGAAUCUACAGCUCAAUUAGUCGAGAGGUGUUGUGGCGGAGGCUGCUGUCUCAAGGCCGGCAAGAGAAAGGAGGGCAUUCAGUACGAGCAUGUCGAGUUUCCCGACAAUGACGCAUUCAAGUCACUUUGCCUCAAGAUCGACGAGGUGCCUACAGAAUUGACCAACAUCCCCGACCUACCUGAGCAGACGGCCUUCCUACAGCCUCUGCGACGGCCCUCUACCAUCCCCUCACCCACAGACUCGGCUAUCGGCCUAGAGAACGACGCAGACCUGGAGGCCCUCGCCAAGCAGGCGCAGACCACCCUCCAGGAGCUCAAGCUCGAAGACCUCGACACCAAGAUCCAGCCGCCGUCCUUCGUCCAACCCCACCCUCCAUAUCAUGUCUUCCCCGCGCGCAUUCACAAUACUCGAGAAUUGACGCGCCCAGGUGCCGAGAAGCGCACCUUCCACUUUGACCUCGACGUCACAGACUACCCAGAUGGCGAAGGCAUUGACUUCAAGGUCGGCGGCGCUAUUGGCGUGUCUGCCCCGAACGAGGCUUCUAUGGUCGACGAGAUCCUGGAUCUUCUGCUGAUCCCGCGAUUCAUUCGUGACAAGCCAGUCCUUUUGCGCACAACCAAGGGCCGCUGGCCAACUGUCUGGGGCGCUGAUCAGGCUCGAGAGCUGGUCACCACUCGCCGAGACCUGCUGACCUGGUGCUCAGACAUCCAGUCGUAUGCGCCCACCAAGAAUCUGCUUCGCAUUCUUGCAGAGUAUGCGACCGACGAGAACGAGAGGAAGCUGCUGUUCUUCCUUUGCGCCGCCGAGGGUCAAGGCGUCUUCUGCGACUUCAGAACCGGACCCCACAUCACGCUCUCGCAGCUUCUGCAUGCGUUCCCCAGCGCCAAGCCUCCCCUGGAUCUCCUUCUCUCCGCCCUGCAGCCUGUCAUGCCGCGCUUCUACUCCCUCUCCAACGACCCCCACGAGUCGUAUGAGACUCUCGACGGCAAGCAGCAUCGUCUGAUCGAGAUCGCCGUCACCGUUCACGAGACAGCCGACUGGCGAACCGGAAAGCGCGCCGGCAUCGGAUCGGGCUUCUUCCAGCGCCAGGCGCUCGAGUUCAUCGAGAGGCAGAAGAACGGCGAGAAGGAGCGCCAGAUCUACAUCCCCAUGUUCAAGGGCCUGAUGGCCAACCCCCUCGCCAAGCAAUUCGUGUCCGACGGCCCCAUGCUGCUCAUCGGCGCCGGUGUCGGCAUCGCCCCCUUCCGCGGCUUCGUCCAGCGCCGCCUCAAGACGGCCAACUGCGCCAACAAGGUCUGGGUCCUGCAGGGCGUCCGCGACUCCCUGGUCGACGAGCUGUACAGCGGCGAGUGGGGCGUCCACGAGGACGAGGUCAAGCGGGUCGUGCAGAGCCGGCGCGGCGAGGGCCGCUACGUCCAGGAGGAGGUCAAGCACCAGGCGGACCUCGUGUGGUACAUCAUCAACUCGGUCGACGGUAGGGUCUUCGUCUGCGGCAGUACCAAGGGCAUGGGCGAGGGCGUCGAGGAGGCUCUCGUCGAGGUGGCCAUGGAGAAGGGCAACCUGGGGCGAGAGGAGGCGAAGAAGUUCUGGCAGCUCAAGAAGGAAGUUGGCCAGUACACCGCCGAGACGUGGUAA